AUGAACUUGACUCCUUCUAGCAGCUCCAAGGAGGACUUCAGCAGACUGAAGCUUGUUUACUUCAGCAAUGAGUUCCCUCCUGAUGCUCUUCCAAACCUCGUCCGCCAAAUACAUCUUCACAGUAAAGAUCGACGCCAUCACAUUCUUGCUCGGUUUCUAGAAGAUGCCACACUUGCGAUCCGUGACGAAGUCCGUCAAUUACCACCGGGCCUGCGGAGCUUGGUACCAUCUUUUGAGUCUGUCUUGAAUUUCGUCGAAUACCCUGAUCUUCGGACUGGUCCUUUGGGUGCGUCGAUCGACGGAGUGCUCCUAUGUGCCACGGAACUGGCAACAUUCAUCGGCUAUUACGAAACCUUCCCAGAAAACCAUGACUUUGAUUCAUCUCAUGCAUAUCUGGCAGGUCUGGGUAUCGGUCUUCUAGCUACGGCAGCGGUUUCUCUUUCUUCAACGCUGGCUGAUAUUCCAAUUGCCGGCGCGGAAGUAGUCCGUCUCGCUUUCCGUCUUGGCGUUCUUGUCGAUGAUGUGUCACACAACCUGCAAGCUCGUGAUUUAGCAAACAAUGGUCAGCCUGAUAGCUGGGCCUAUGUCUUGCCAAAUGUAGCCCCAGGUGAGGUCCAGCAGGAGCUGGACGCGAUCCAUGCUAAAGCGCAAACUCCCGAGGCUGGCAAAGUGUUUGUCAGCGCCUAUAGUCAAUCCUCUGUUACCUUCGUGGCAUUGCCCGUAUUUGGCGGGUUGUGCCACGCCAACCACAUCUACAAUGAGACGCACGUGGAAAGUGUAGUGCAGACAAAAUCUAUCGAUGGCUUGAAUGUCAGACUAGUCCCCAGAAUACCAGUCUUAUCGACUAGCAGCGGCAAUCCAUUCCCGGCCAACACCGCAGCAGAACUGUUCGAACAGAUAAUUUAUGAAAUUCUCACUCAGGCCAUCCAGUGGGAUAAUGUGGUCAGCGGUGUCAUUCAGCAGGCAAACAUGCUCAUCAUAUCCGAGUGCCAAGUACUGGCCAUUCGAAAUUCACUGCCAAUCCAUGAUCUCAUUACUGCCGUGGAAUCCGAAAUUAAUGGAUUGAAAAUGACAACUGACGAUCUGUUGGCAUGGAUCUCACAGACUCAUGAGGAAGAGACCCCCCGGGGAACGGCUCAGUCUAAGAUUGCAAUCGUGGGAAUGUCAUGUCGGCUGCCUGGAGAAGCCACAGAUACCGAGAAGUUUUGGGAACUCCUUGAGAAAGGCCUUGAUGUUCAUCGGAAAAUCCCACCAGAUCGUUUUGAUGUUGAUUCCCACUGUGACCCUACAGGAAAACGUCCAAACACGAGUCACACCCCGUAUGGCUGUUUCAUCGAGGAACCAGGUCUCUUCGAUGCCCCAUUUUUCAACAUGUCUCCUCGUGAGGCUCAGCAAACCGAUCCGAUGCAGAGGCUGGCCUUGGUGACCGCGUAUGAAGCACUGGAGCGAGCUGGAUACGUUGCCGACCGCACACCCGCGACAAAUAAACACCGCAUUGGUACAUUCUAUGGCCAGGCCAGUGAUGACUACCGUGAGGUAAAUACAGCACAGGAUGUCAGCACCUAUUUUAUCACCGGUGGUUGUCGGGCGUUUGGACCCGGGCGGAUCAACUAUUUUUUCAAAUUUUGGGGACCUAGCUAUAGCAUCGACACUGCCUGCUCAUCCAGUCUGGCAACUAUUGAGGCUGCUUGCACGUCGCUCUGGAAUGGCGCUACUGAUACUGCAGUGGUUGGUGGUGUCAACGUGUUGACAAACUCCGAUGCUUUCGCUGGUCUGAGCCAUGGCCACUUUCUAUCCAAGACCCCGAACGCUUGCAAAACAUGGGAUAGCGAGGCAGAUGGAUACUGUCGUGCAGAUGGGGUGGUAUCUUUAGUGAUGAAGCGACUGGAAGAUGCGGAAGCUGACAAUGAUAACAUUUUGGGUGUCAUCCUAGGGGCAGCAACCAACCACUCGGCGGACGCCAUAUCUAUCACCCACCCACACGCUGGCGCACAGAGCUACCUUCUCCGAAAGCUACUGCGCGACGCGGGCGUCGAUCCAUUUGAUGUCAAUUAUGUGGAACUGCACGGCACUGGUACGCAGGCUGGGGAUUUUGAAGAGAUGAGAUCAGUGUCGGAUGUGUUUGCUCCAGCUGCGAGAAAAAGAAGCUCCAAAAAUCCCCUGUUUGUUGGUGCAGUCAAAGCAAAUGUUGGUCAUGGGGAGGCAGUCGCUGGAGCGACGGCGUUAUUGAAAGUUCUUCUCAUGCUCCAGAAGGGUGCGAUUCCUCCCCAUGUAGGCAUCAAGAACCAGAUCAACCCUCUACUCCCCAAAGACUUGGAAAAGCGCAAUCUACACAUUCCAUACGAGUACCAGACGUGGGUUCGCACUGACGGCCGAAGACGUAUCGCUGUAGUCAACAACUUCAGCGCUGCUGGUGGCAAUACAUCCCUUGCAAUCGAAGAGGCCCCGCUCCGAGAGACCACUGAUGUUGACCCACGUCAAUCACACUUGAUCUCUAUAUCUGCCAAAAGCAAAAUAUCGCUAAAGGGAAACCUGGAACGGUUCAUUUCAUACUUGGAUGCCAAUACGGACGUGUCACUGUCCCAUCUCUCUUACACGACUAUGGCCCGGCGUCAUCAUCACAACCAUAGACUGGCCGUGGCUGUCUCAGAUAUUGAACAAUUGAAGACGCAAACCAAAUCGUGGUUAAAUUCUGUCGAUUCUCACAAGCCUAUUCCGCCGACAGGACCUCCCCCGUUGGCCUUCGCCUUUACUGGCCAGGGAGCAUCAUACAAAUCCAUGAAGCUAGAUCUUUUUCGUGAUGUGCCGUAUUUUCGCUCCCAGAUCUUGGACCUCAAUUCGAUCGCCAAGACCCAGGGUUUCCCUACUUUUAUCCCUGCUCUUGAUGGGAGCCACCCGAAGGAUCAUGCUCAUUCGCCAGUAAUUACGCAGCUCGCUUUGGUCGCCACGGAGAUCGCCCUGGCUAGGUACUGGGCAUCGCUCGGCGUGAAGCCUGAAGUGGUGGUUGGUCACAGUCUUGGAGAGUUUGCAGCAUUGCAUGUUGCCGGUGUCCUAUCCGCUAGCGAUGCGCUGUACCUCGCGGGCGAGCGCGCCAGGCUACUUGAACAUAAAUGUAAGAUCGGCAGCCAUAAGAUGUUGGCAGUGCGGGCAUCUGUUGAGCAAAUCGCCCAGAGUGCUGGCGAUCGCCCAUACGAGAUCGCCUGUAUCAACGGUCCAGAGGAGACCGUUUUGAGCGGGACCAGUGGUGAAAUUGAUGCGCUUUCCGAAAUUUUUAAAGCGGAUGGGUACAGAAGUAUUAGCCUAGAUGUUGCGUUUGCAUUCCACUCCGCCCAAACAGAUCCCAUUCUGGAUGAAUACGAGGAGAUCGCACACAGAGGUGUGGUUUUCCACGCCCCGAACUUGCCGAUCAUUUCACCGCUCCUUAGAAAGGUUAUCUUUGAUGACAAGACGGUGAAUGCAAACUACCUGCGCCGAGCCACUCGUGAGACGGUUAGCUUCAGUGCCGCCAUUAAGAGCGCUCAGAAAAUCUCCACGAUUGAUGAUACGACUGUGUGGAUCGAGAUUGGGCCACAUCCGGUGUCCAUCAGUUUCGUGAAAUCCACUCUCUCGGCCACGGGUGCAUUAGUCCCGUCACUGCGCCGAGAUGAGGAUGCUUGGGUGACAUUGACGCGCAGUCUUGGAAUACUUCAUGGCGUGGGUGUUGAUAUCGACUACAAUGAGUUUCAUCGCCCAUUUGAGCAAGCUUUACGACUCUUGGAUCUGCCUACAUACAGCUGGAAUAACAAGAUUUACUGGAUCCAAUACAACGGGGACUGGGCUUUGACAAAGGGAAACCCGGAAUUUGAGACCAGGAACAGCAAUGUCGUGGCUGGAACUGUGGCCUCUGGCCCGCGAACAUCGACUGUUCAGCAAAUAAUCGAGGAGAAGUUCGAGGGAUCAGCUGGAAGAGUAGUCAUGCAGUCGGAUCUGAUGCAAGCAGACUUCCUCGCAGCGGCCCAUGGACACAAAAUGAAUGGAUUUGGGGUAGUCACCUCGUCCAUCCAUGCAGAUAUCGGAUUCAGCCUCGGUGAAUACGUGUUCAAGAGACUGAACCCAAAGGUCAAGAUACCUGGGAUAAACAUUACGAAUCUCGAAGUGUUGAAAGGAUUAGUCGCGCAAAAGAAUACAAGUCAGCCUCAGCUUCUCCAGGUAUCUGCUACUACCGCAGACAUCAACACCGGAAUCCUAGAUCUUGAAUGGCGCAAUGCCUUCCCCGAUGGUACCGUGGAUGACCCAUUUGCGUUUGCGAGAAUUCACUAUAACGACCCAACGGAAUGGCUAUCCUCAUGGCGACCAGCUCUUCAUCUCAUUCAAGGCCGUAUUCAAACCCUGGAGCGUCUAGCAGAGCAGGGAAUUGCGAACAGGUUUUCUCACCGCAUGGCUUAUAAUCUCUUUGCAAGCAAUCUGGUUACCUAUGCCGACAAAUAUCGUGGGAUGCAGUCUGUCGUGUUGCAUGAACUUGAAGCUUUUGCGGAUGUUAAGCUCACUACCGAAAAAGGAGGUUUAUGGGCAGUUCCCCCCUACUUCAUCGACAGCGUGGCGCACUUAGCAGGCUUCGUCAUGAACGUAUCUGACGCCGUUGACACUCAAGCUAACUUCUGCGUGACACCCGGAUGGCAAUCGAUGCGCUUUGCAAAGCCCCUUGUGGCUGGGGCUCACUACCGCUCCUACGUCAAGAUGAUUCCCACCGUCGAAGACCCUGGCAUCUUUCUUGGUGAUGUUUACGUGCUCCAUGAUGAUGUUAUUAUUGGGGUGGUCGGGGGAAUCAAGUUCCGCCUCUAUCCUCGCCUGCUUUUGAACCGAUUCUUCUCGGCUGCUGAUGUCAGUCAGCCGACGCAAGGCCAUACUGCAACUGCUGCGCCAGCAGUCAAGCAAAACCCAAUAGUCACGGUAUCUCCAGUCUCUGUACCUGCACCUGUAUCUGCUGCUUUACCAGUGCCAAAUCCUGCACCAUCUGCUGCUCAAAGCCAGACGCGAAAUGAGGCCGCUCUAGACGAUUCCAGCACUGCAGCUAAAGCCCUUGCACUGGUGGCGCGCGAAGCCGGUAUGGAUCGUGAAGACCUCACCGAGGAAUCCAAUUUUGCCAGUCUUGGUGUAGAUAGUUUGAUGAGCUUGGUUAUUGCCGAGAAGUUCCGAGAGGAGCUUGGAGUCACAGUUACGGGGAGUCUGUUCCUAGAAUAUCCGACAGUGGGAGAUUUGAAGAGCUGGUUGCUAGAGUACUACAGCUAA